CUAGUUUGCCUAACCGGAAGUUUCGUGGCAAUGUCAAAAUUGACGGGGGUUGAUGUUGAUAACAAACCUGAGGAUUGUGAAUCGGUAUUGAUUACGUGUUUUCAAAUUAAGAGAAAGCGUUCUGUUCAUGCAGUUUCAGAUGUUUUUAGCCUCUUAUGAUUCCUAAUUAACCAUGACAAAAAUGAGUAACUGGAAUUCAACAUUCUGUAGCAUUGAGCGAUAACAGCCAUAUUAAUGAAACAUUUCCACGACAACAAAUCACAAACCAUGCAUAAAAGGGUGACCUCUGAUGUGUCUUUAAUGUCCCUCACUCAAGCUUGUCCGGACUGUGGAUGCACUUGUAGGGGAUGUUUUUCUAACCACUCAAGACAGGUAGGGUCAGAUGGAGCCUCAGUUUGGCCAGUAGAUGAACAUCAAAGUCUGGACCUACACCAGGAGAUCGAGGCUCUGGAGAGUCAGCUGAGGAAGAGUAACAACCACAUCUCACAGAUCGAACAUGAAAUCAUCGACAGUAAACAGCUGGCAGAGUACGAGGUACUCAAACUCACCGACGAGCUCGCCAAACUCCGGGACCGAUACGACAGGUUGUAUGAAAGUCAUAAAAGGUUACAAAAGGUGAACCAUGGACUGGAAGACAAACUGUUGAAAGUGGUGAAUGGAUUUGAAGGGGAUAAGAUGGGUCUUCAGAAAGAGUUGGCCCUCAUGACCUCUAAACUAGUGGAAGCCAAAUCUCUUGUUUGUGAACUGGAGGAGGAAAAUGAACAGACCAGGAAGGACUGUAAUUACGCUGUCCAGCUCCUGCAAUGUAAACCCUCAAACUUUGUGGCCCACAAGCUGAAUACGCUCCCAAUGGAACUCCAGGAAAGAGUCAAAAGUCACAUGACAAGAGAGGAAAUCAUCAAUUGUGAGGAUGGUCCACAGAACGAAUCGACAAAACUGAUCCGUGUACCUAUGCAGACAUUUCCUCCAACAGCAAUGGUGUACUCUAUCAACAACAGCUCUCAGAAAUCUAUCAAAGACACAAACAAAAAUUCUACAGACUCGGUGCCAAUGAAUCUCAUAGCCAAGGUACUAACUCAGCCAGAGACCAAACGUAAACCGCGCCGGAUGUACAUCUGUCUACGGUGUAAACUGGAUGUUGUUGUGCAUGAUAAGGAGGUGCAGGUUUCUAUGGGUCGGGAUGUAAACUGUUCUAAUGGUGGCAUCGGAAGCUCUGGUAGUCUUAGAGUCCAUAAACCACCAGGUCGAAUACGCACCAUUUCAACAGAAACAGAAAUAUGAAUUAGAAAGUGCCAUCAUGUUUUUCAAAUCACAGCUAUUAUGUUUUACACUUGUUAACAGGUUCAAGACAUUUAUUUAAAAAUUCACUAAAAUUUUUGUCCAGAAAGUUUCCAACUUGUAUUGUACAGUGUUUGGUUCAGGUGGAAAGAGAAAUAAAUUUAAUAUGCAUUGAUUGCUCUUAAAUAUU